GGCCUGCAGAUGCAGCUGGAUCAAACACGUGAUUGCAUUGAGGAUCUGAAGUCCUGCAUCGCUGCUGUCGAACAGGAUACAAUAACACUGCAGCAGAAGACGGUGCUGGGGAGGGAGUCCUUCUCUGUGAGAAAAGAUAAGUUGUCCGAAGAGGUGGACCAAGUUGAUGAGAAAAUUAAACAGCAGAAGCAGGUGGUCAGGAGGAGCAGAAUAGAGUCGGACGGACUUAAUGACAGGAAACAAAAAACCCACAAUCAUCUGGGAGAGCUCAUGAUGGACAUGGCCAAGCUAGAGAGCAACUUACGAAGACUGGAAGCCUCUCGGUGCCAGAACGAGAAACGGCUGCAGGUGGACAGCCAAAAGCAUCAAGAGUUGAGGCAACAGAGAGAAACGCUGCAGAAGGAGUUGCUUGAGUUAGGGGAAGCCUUUAGCAACACCGUCCAGGGUCUUAAAGAGGACAUAUCCACGGUGGAAGGUACAAUGGAGAAGGGUCGAGAAUCCAGAUUGUGCUGUCAAAACUCCCUGUCACAAAUCUUUGAGAUAUUCAAGUGUCAGCGCGAAGAAGAGAAUGAAGUGAGGGCCGAGCAUUUCCACGUGUUGCAGCAGCUGGAGAGAUCCAAGCUGCAGCUGGAGGAGCGCAUCGCCUCCGUGGUCAGACACGGCAAGGAGAUCAAAGAGAUGGACAAGCAGAUCCGAGAGCUCCUGGAAACGGACACAAUCACAAAGCGCGUGUUUGAGAGGAAUCAGGAAGAGCUGUGCGACAACGUGGAUACUGAGAAGAAGAACAUUGAACGUUGCGAGGAGGAAAAGAGGCUGACGAUGAGGCUCACGCAUGAGACGAAGACCAAGCAGGAGGAGCACGUGGCGAAGAUGACCUCUGACACCAGCGACACCAGGAGGAGAUACCGGGAGCUUCGACAAGAGGAGGCCGCGCUCCACAAGCGUCACCCCAAGAGCACAAAUGCGGACUUGCUUAUGAGCCACAUGACCCAAUGUGAGGUGGAGUUCAGACAAGAAGAGACUACAUGCCAUGAGGAAAUAGAGCAGUGCCUCAUGGAGGUAGCAACUAUCAACAUUAGCCAUGAAGACAAGCAGAGGGAACUGGAGGAGGAAGAGGAAAUGUUGAAGGACGUGGCGGCAAAGUGGAAUGAAGAGCAACCCAGGCACCAGAGGCUGAAGACUCUGACCUCUGAGCUGAGGAGGAAGAGGAGCGAGCUGGAGCUGACAAUCCAGUCGCUGAAAGAGGAAGCUGGGUCUCUGCUGCAGCCUAAAGAGGAGAUGAAGGCCGAGCUGGAGGCGAUGAGAAAAAGCUACAUGGACGUGCUCGGAACACAAACCUCAGAGAUGACAGCUGUGGAGAUAAGCGUCUACGACAAUAGCGUGAAACUGGAGCAGGUCAGCACGGAGAACAGCCGGCUGCACCUCGCUAUCCAGCAGAUGACGGAGGAUGUCAUCGAAGCCAGGGAGGACAAAGAGCGAUACUGGCAGGAGGUUCAGCAGUUGGAGCGGAACACAAAGACCUUGUUUGAGAGCUUACAGGACGCAUGGAGAGUGGAUUUACAGACGACCCAGGACUGUCAGAACGGCGACAGUGUUCUGCUGGAGUCCAUAAGCGGCGUGUUGAACCACCUGAAGACCAGGAGACAACAGUUAGGCACCAUCAGCACACACCUACAUUGUGUCAUGCUGGACUUCAGCAAGCGGGUGGGGGGGAUACAUCCACUGUAGAACAGCAGAGCUAGUGUCUCUGAGC